UUUCAAAAUUCUACCUCCACACCUCAAGAGUCAGGGACGUGGCUCACCAUUGCUUUGAAACAUGAAAUGACCCAAAAAAUACAACUCCAACCUCUGCAGUCAGCUCCUCCGUUAAACUAGAAGUAUUAAAACCACCUUCACAACUCCACAUCAAUUCUCCCUUCAAAUCAAAUUACAUUCUACUAAAACUCUAUACUCUUUCAACUUGAAAUCCCUAAUUUCUAAUUCAGUCAACUUUCUUCCAUCUUAAACCCACAAUUUCCCCCUCUUCUCUCUCCAAAUUCUUCGUCAAAUUCCUUCUUUGAUGAAGAUGAACUAAUUUACAUUCUUUUUUCAAUCUCCGCUUUCUUCACAUCAAGAUUUCCUCCGGAAACCUAGAUUUUGUUCAGAAUCGUCAAAUUUCUCUGUGUGUUUUCAAUUGCGGAAAUUGCAGUUUCAUAGUAGUAAUUAGUGUAUGGCAAAUGCAUAUAAUCAAAGAAGAAGAGUAGUAGUAAAUCCUCAAGACUUUGGCUUUCUUUCACGCCCUUCUUUCUUUCUGUCGAGUUCUUCUUUCCUUGUUCGCAUGGAUGUUCAUCGCUCUUUUUCAUUAAUGCGGUUCAUGGCUGAAGCGGGGCUGUUGCCAUCUCCUGAAGAAGAACUUAAGAGGGAAUUAGUCAUCCAGAAGCUCAAGAAGAUCGUACAGAAAUGGAUCACAAAAGUUGCUUGGCAGAGGAAACUUCCCGAAAAUGUGAUUCGAGAUGCAUCAGCGACUAUAUUAACUUAUGGAUCCUAUGGCCUUGGGGUUCAUUGUUCAGAGUCAGACAUCGAUGCUUUAUGUGUUGGACCCUGGUUUGCUACUAUGGCAGAGGAUUUCUUUAUUGUUCUAUACAAUAUUCUAAAAGGCAGACCUGAAGUGUCUGAUAUUCAUUGUGUUAAGGAUGCUAAGGUUCCGCUAAUGCGAUUUAAGUUCGAAGGGGUUGCUGUUGAUUUUCCAUAUGCCCAACUUCAAGUCAUGUCUGUUCCUGAAAAUGUGGACUUGCUGAACCCAAUAUUUCUGACCAGUAUUGAUGAAACUAGUUGGAAAAGCUUGUCCGGCGUACGUGUUAACCAACUCAUCCUUCAACUUGUUCCAAACGUGGAGAAUUUUCAGUCAUUGCUGCGAUGCAUCAAGUUUUGGGCCAAACGUCGUGGUGUUUAUGGUAAUUUGUUUGGAUUCCUUGGAGGAAUACAUUUAGCUGUACUAUCAGCUUUUAUUUGUCAGAGGAGUCCAGAUGCUUACCUAAGUGCCCUGGUGAUGAGUUUCUUUAACACAUUUGCCAGUUGGCCUUGGCCUACACCUGUUCUCUUGCAAGAUGGUAUGAUGCAGACUGUGGAAGAUGUGCCUGAGAGAAGAUCUUUGAUGCCCAUCGGACUGCCUGGCAGCCCAUAUCAAUACUGCCAGUCCAACAUCACACGGAGCACAUUCAACCGAAUCAGGGCAGAAUUUCUCCGAGGGCAGAACAUUGUCAAGGAGAUUCUGAGUCCUGAUUCUAACUGGGAUAAUUUAUUUGAACCUUAUGGUAAUGCAUACCGGAAGUCAUAUUCCCGAUUUCUCAAAAUUUACCUCGUAGCUUCUGCGAUAGAUGAUCUGGGAGACUGGGUUGGAUGGGUGAAGUCACGUUUUCCCUCUCUCAUUUUGAAGUUGGAGGAGAUCCGGGUUUCUUGUGACCCCAACCCUACAGAAUAUGUUGACACUGAAAAUGUAGACUCAGAGUCGAGUGUAGUCUUCUAUUGGGGUCUCAAUCUGGGUCGAUCUAUAAAUUUUGAAGUAACUUCACUUGAGAAGGAGUUCAGGAACAAUCUCAGCCACGGUUAUAAAGGAGUGCCAGGGAAGAUGGAACUGGGUGUUGUGCCUGCUGCAGAGCUGCCUACAAUUGCGCAGUAUCCUGCCAGAAUAAACACUCGGAGAAUACCUGAUUAUGAUCAGCAAAGAGUGCUUGUGUACUCGAGGCACCUGCCAAGCUAUUUUGUUGGUUAUGCCGCCUCUGAGGGAGAUCAUGCUAGCUUGUAGGGUUUAGGACAAGUGCUAAUUUGCUUUCUGGAAAUUGAUAUACUAAAAAAAAAAAGAAAAAAAAAAUCAGAGAAAAAAAAAGAAACAAGAAGAGUAUAUCUGACCUAUGCUCAACUUUCUAGUCUGUACACAGUUUCAGCGCGAGCGAAAAGAUAAUUAUCAACUAGAGAGGUGCUUUUGCAACCUUAGUCAAUAGUUGCAUUGGUUGCUAUAAGCCUAUAACUGUUUUUGGUUACUUUAUCUGUAGCAUUAUCAUUUGUGCAUAAAAGAUUAGGAAUUGUCUUUGAAAUGUAAAGGGUUACAUGAAGAUACUUUUGCGUUGUGCGAGUAUACUGUAGAGGGAAAAGCAAGUAUAGUACAUUGAAUAUCUGCUGCUAUGCGAUUGACGUUAUGAGGAACAAAAAUAGUACUCAUUUUUUGGCCAGAGUGUGGCUUGUUAAUGAUUUUAGAAAUUUGUGGACUUCCCAUACAUUUCGAGGUUCUUUCUUUAAGACUUCCUCUACUUGCCAAAUGACAUGGUUUCUUUUCUUGGA